GCCUGUCUCUCCAGAAUGCUGCUGAUGCUCAGAUGUACAUCACAGGUUGUCACUACAGAAUUGAAAGUAUCUUUGGGUUUGUUAGAGAGUCUGAUAUUUGUUUACAAACAUGAGAAUGAAAGCCGAUAUACCGCAGAAAAUUUUGCGCCUGUCACGAAAGUUUGCCACUAAUCCAAGACCAGUUGUCACUUUAGAACAAAGUGUGUCAGAAGCUAUCGAGAACAAAGAGAUUAAACCCCGACAUCAUCCAGGCAUUUUGAAGCUAGGUCCUGUGCAAUUACCAGAGCAAAUACAGAGGGCUGUACAAGUUGCAGUUCAAGAACAUUCGUUGAAAACCCUAUGUGAGCAGGCAGAGGCGCUGAACAAUUACCUGAAAGGAAGACGACCACCUCCUGAUGCUGAAGAAAUUAAAUCCAAGACAGCAUUAGCUGAGAGCAUUGUGCAAAAUAAAUAUGGCAUUGAAAAUCCUCUGUUUGGUGUUGAAGAAAAGGAAUUCUUCAGAGAAAAGUACAAGGGACUGGUUCAAAAAGUGCUGAAACAACAUUUAUAUAAGUGGCAGUCCAUAGAGUAUGACAAAACAAAAUCACUUGUGUACUUGAUUGGAAGGUCAGCUGCGGAAUAUGCUGUUUUGUUCAGAAUAAUGAAAGAGAUAUCUAAAAGAGUUCCUGAAUUCCAACCAAAGUCACUAUUAGAUUUUGGAUCUGGUGUUGGGACAGCCAUUUGGGCUGUUAAUUCAGUCUGGAGAGAGACCAUGAAGGAAUAUUUUUGUGUGGAUUCCUCCCGUGAUAUGAAUGAAAUUUCAAGUCUUAUUGUGAGAGAUGGAAAUGCUAACAAAGAUCUUCCAAAAGGGAUCUUUUAUAGACAGUUUCUGCCAGCCUCACACACAAUAAAAUUUGAUAUUGUUAUCAGUGCCUACUCUUUACUGGAGUUGCCUUCUACAGAAGUAAGGUUGGAAACAGUCCGUAAUCUGUGGAGCAAGGCACUAAGAUACAUUGUAUUUGUGGAACAAGGGACAAAUGCUGGCUUUCAGGUUGUAAAUGAAGCAAGGGAUUACAUAUUGCACCUUGCAGAAAAUGCAUCUGAAAGGCUUCCAAUGCCCAAAGCUCAUAUAUUUGCACCAUGCCCUCAUGAUCACUCUUGUCCAAGAGCAUUUGAAGAUAAAACCCCAUGCAAUUUUGAAGUCACCUAUGAAAGUCUACCUAUUGGAAACAGAGGGAAGCUGAAAAAGGAGCUAUUUUCAUAUGUGGUUCUCGCAAAAGGCAGCAGACAUAGUGAUGAUGCACAGUGGCCCAGAAUUGUAAGACCAACACUAGUAAGGUCAAGACACACCAUCUGUAGAAUGUGCACAGCAUCAGGAAAACUGACAGAAGUUAUUUUUACUGCCUCUAAACAUGGAAAAAUUGCAUGCAGAUGUGCAAGAGCAAGCAAAUGGGGUGACUUAUUUCCUGUGAAUCUCUUGGAAAGUGAAAUGAAUAGUGAAGUGAAUGGUGAAAACUAAUUACAGUUAUUUUAGGAAUGAAACCUACUUACCGGUAAUGUUUUACACCGUAAGUAGGCAGUGGUGGUGAUUGAUUGUAAAGAUUGCAAAGUGUUCACCUGUAUAUUACUGUCAUUCGUUAACAUCUCACAGACUUUCCGAACAUGUAUACCAAUUUUGACAGUAAUGUGGCUAAAUAAUUGUUUGAUACAUUUUCUGUGUUCCAAGAAUAUGAGCUGCUUCACAAGUGUUUCUAAACAUUACAAAAUAGUAAUAAAUUUAUAGUCAGUGUCACCUGUCAUGAACAUUCUCAGAUACACUCAUGGCACUGAUCCAUUUUAAA